AUGGGUGUUACAGGACUCUGGCCGAUCUUGCAUCCAUGCGCUCGACCGACUCCUCUGCCGACUCUCAAUCGAAAGCGCCUAGCCGUUGACGCGUCGAUCUGGAUCUACCAGUUCCUCAAAGCCGUUCGAGAUAAGGAAGGCAAUGCCUUACGAAAUUCCCAUGUAGUAGGAUUCUUCCGUCGAAUAUGUAAGCUGCUAUUCUUUGGGAUCAAACCGGUGUUUGUGUUUGAUGGCGGAGCACCAAUAUUGAAGAGGCAAACAAUUUUAGGGCGAAAGAGGAGACGUGAAGGCCGGAGAGACGAUGCUGUGAGAACGGCUGGAAAGCUUCUUGCUGUUCAAAUGCAGAGAAGGGGCGAGGAGGAAAUGGAAAAACGGAAGAGAGAUAAACAGCGGGAGAAUGAUGGGCUUAGGGCAAUUGUGGACGAUGAAGAUGCAGUACGGCCGGGCGAGGAGAUAAUUUAUGCGGCAGAGAUGGGAAUGGACGCACAACAACGCGAAAAGAAUCGGAAAUUCAAGAAGACAGAUGCCUACCAUCUCCCGGAUCUGAACAAUGGUAUUGAGGGAAUGGGCCAACCAAAUGAUCCUAGGAUUAUGAGCGCCGAAGAGCUGGAAGAGUAUGCGAAGCAAUUCCAUAACGGGGAAGAUGUAAAUUUGUAUGAUUUCAGCAAAAUCGACUUCAAUGGAGAUUUCUUCAUGAGCCUGCCUCCUGUUGAUCGAUACAAUAUUCUGAACGCUGCUAGACUGCGCAGCAGAUUGCGUAUGGGAUUGAGCAAAGAACAACUAGAAGAGAUGUUUCCGGACCGUAUGGCAUUUAGCAAAUUUCAAAUUGAGAGAGUCAGAGAACGAAACGAAUUGACCCAAAGACUCAUGAAUUUGAAUGGCAUGAAUGAUUCGGACAAACUUUUUGGAGUUGGAACUCAAAGAAUCGCAGGUGAAAGAGAUAGGGAGUAUGUUCUGGUCAAAAACUCCGGACUUGAGGGUGGAUACGCUUUGGGAGUUGUUAGCAUCGACAAAACCGUUGGUGAAAGAAACAAUCCGGUAGACCUCGAGGCUAUACAUCAAAAAAUCAAAGAAAACCAUGAUUCUGAGUCUGACGAAGAAUUUGAAGACGUGCCUGUCGAAGGCCUGAACCGAUUGCCCAAGCCCAAAAUAGCACAACGCCAAAAAUUAACUUACGAAGAAUUCCAGGCCCUAGAAGUCGCGAGGAAUCGACGAGAAAAAACCGGCACCCGGAAUCAGAAGGCGACAGCUGGCAGAGAACCUUCUAUGCAGCCAGACACCCUUUUUGUGGAAGAAGCACAACCGUUAAAGACGCAUAAUGAUUUUGAUGAUGAGGAUGAACUCAAUGCCGCGAUUGCAAUGUCCCUUCAGAAAGAUUGUGAUGUGGAAGAUCUUUCUGAGAGUGAGCAUCUCAGCCGCGCCAUAGCACUUUCACUGCAGAAGAACCAUGGUGACGACUCCGAACAAAACGAUGAAAUACCCGAAUUUGAGGACGUUCCUCUACCAGAAUAUGAACAGGUAGCUGUCCCAGAGCCAAAACCACUCGUCAAUUCCAGUGGUAGAAUGGUUGCACAUAUUGUCAAUAAUAGAGCGAAUGCGGCUGUUCCCAAAAAGAAGGCCAUGAUUGUUGAAAGUGACAGCGACAGCGACAUGGAUAUACAAGCAGCACUCGCAAAAGCGAGAAGACAGAAAGCUCCAGAAGUAAGACCACGCCAACCAGCGCCUGUUGCAAAAAAUAUGAAGAACCCGUUUGAUGGGCCGCUACCCUUCGAAUCCCUAAAUCUGAAAAGCUCGAUUUUUCGAAAACAGCUUAAAGCAGCAGAGCCUAUUCUUGAGGUUCAGGAAGACUCAAACCAAAUUGACGACGAAGCUGGUGGCUUUAUGGAUGAGAACGCCGAUAAUGCUUCAAACCCUCUUCCACCAUGGCUUAUUGGCAGUGGUGAUAUCCGAUCACAAGUCAAGGAACAGCAAAAGAGAGGUCAUGAAAUCGAUGCCGAGGACCAACAAAGAGCGGAAGAGGAGCAGCGACUGCUCAGAGAAAAAAUGGCACCGAUCCAGAUUGACUCCUCCGAUGAAGGUAGCGAUGUGGAGAUUAUUGACGCCCCAGCGAAUACACACACCCUUGGAGAUCUUGCUAACAAGAUGAGAGCCGAACCUCCCGUUAGUAAUGUACCCAACGCUACGAACGUAUCUCCUGCGACUGAACCCCUCCCAGUCGAAGUUGCUGGCAUCCAGGAAGCAGGAGGAGAGGACGAAUCAAUUGAUUGGUCUGAGAGCGAUCAUGGGGACAUGGUCAGGAAGCCAGUUGGACCAGCAGCGAGAACCCCUUCAAAAUCGCUUUCCCCUGAGUUCGAAGACGUGGAAAUGGGGCAGCCGGCAAACGUUGAUAUCAAUCUUCCUGACGGUCUCAAUAAUGCUGUGCAGCCGAUAGACAUCGAGGAAAACUUAGCACGUCGUGCAACUGAUGAGGCAUUUGAGCAGGCUCCAAUCGAGCACUUCUCCGAUUCGUUUGAUGAAUUCUCUGAUCCAGACGAUGAAGAACUGCUCACUGCACUUGCUCAGGAAGCCGAGACUCAUGCCGCAUUCGCGUCAACUCUCAAUUCCAAAACACCAGUUGAAAAUCAAGCUUCUUUCGAAGCGGAACUCAAAGCUCUCCGUAACCAACAAAAGAAAGAUCGUCGAGACGCAGAUGAAGUAACUCAGACCAUGGUAGCAGAGUGCCAAGCACUCCUAUCACUCUUUGGAAUCCCCUACAUCACAGCUCCCAUGGAAGCCGAAGCCCAAUGCGCCGAGCUCGUCAGACUCCAAUUGGUAGAUGGUGUAGUAACCGACGACUGUGAUAUCUUCCUCUUCGGCGGCACACGCGUCUACAAAAAUAUGUUCAACUCGAAUAAAUUUGUAGAAUGUUAUCUCCAACCCGACAUCGAGAAAGAACUCAGUCUCGGCCGCGAUCAACUCAUUGCUAUCGCACAAUUGCUAGGAAGCGAUUAUACUGAAGGUCUUCCUGGCGUGGGACCAGUCACUGCAUUGGAAAUCCUAUCCGAGUUCCCUACACCUAAUACGGGACUCGAAGAAUUUAGGGAGUGGUGGCUUUCGGUACAGAAACCAUUUGCUCCACCACUUAAAGAGGAAUCCUCUACUUUCCGCAAGAAAUUCCGCAGAGCACAGGGGACGAAAUUAUUCCUCCCUCCUACAUUCCCUUCCCCCGCUGUCACAGAAGCAUAUCUCAAGCCCGAUGUCGAUUCCACGCCUGAAACUUUUCAAUGGGGUGUGCCGGACUUGGAUCGACUGCGGGAUUUCUUGAUGGCCACUAUUGGCUGGUCUCAAGAGCGCACAGAUGAGGUUCUCGUGCCGGUUAUUAGGGAUAUGAAUCGCCGCGAGGCAGAGGGGACGCAGAGUAAUAUCACAAGGUUCUUCGAGGGAGCUGUGGGACAGGGUGCGGUGGGAGCGAGGAGUGAAGCUGCGAUUGCGAGGGGGGAGGGCGGCAGUAAGAGGAUGAGGGAGGCGGUGGGGAGGUUGAAGAAGAGGAAGGAUGGGGACCCGUUGGGGAAGACCUUUUCGGAUCAGGCGAGUGAGUGGGCGAGGAAGAAAGCUAGGGAGGAGGAGAGGGAGAAUGAGAAGGCUAAAAGUGGUAAGGCGAUAGGGAAGGGCAAGAAGGCAAAAGGGAAGGGUGGGUGGAGGAGGGGUGCUACUGCUACUCCUAGUCCUGGCGAUGCUGAUGAGUUACCUGCGCAAAGCCAAAGUCCUACUGCAACUUCUGUGGGGGAUGAUGGUGGCGAGGCAGAUGCCGAUGAUGAGAGUGGAGACGGGGAUCACAGCCCACUCGAUACUUCUACAGAUCAGGGACAGCCAAGAAAGAGGAAAGGGAAGGGGAAGGUUGUUGCUAAAGGACCCAGAAUGAAGAAGACUAAGGUGUGA